CUUUUGCGUCACAUACUGUACUCUUUCUAGAUCAAUGCAAAACAUUUUUUCCUUUGAUCUUUUGCUGUCUACAAAUGGCAGCUGUAACUCAUUUACUUGCACAAGAACAGAUCACGUGUGGACCUGAAGUUUGAACUCAAACACAAUAAAAGCCUUGUUCAUGCCGUGCCAGUCUGUAAGGAGGGACAACCAUUGAAUUCUGAAAAAAGGAGAAAUGCAUCAUCCCUUUGGAGUGUUUUUCACCUUAAGCCUUUUGUUUUUGGUGUCACCAUGUAGUGGAGGAAACAUUCUAGUGUAUCCUGUUGAUGGAAGCCACUGGAUCAACAUGAAGAUUCUUGUAGAAGAACUUCAUGCCAAGGGACACAAAAUGACUGUGAUUCGGCCGUCCAAUAGCUGGUACAUCAAGGAGAAUUCUCCUCUCUACACAUCUAUCACAAUCCAAAUAAAGGAAGACUUCAGAGACGUUUUUGAUUUGUACCUUGAGGAACAAAUUAGGGUGCAACGGGAAGGUGCUUCACUGUUGUCCUUCUUCAGACUCAACAAUCAGUUUCUAACAAUGCUCACACAGGCUCAUGAAUUGUGGUGUGAUAUUGCAAAGGACAUUUUUGAAAACGAGACACUGGUCAAACACUUAAUGGAUUCCAAAUAUGAUCUGGUUCUAGCUGAUCCAGUAAUAGGUGCAGGGGUUAUAUUAGCCAAAUAUCUGAAUGUGCCUUUGGUUCUGAAUGUGCGCUGGGUCACCAGAGGAGAAGGUCACUUUGUUUUGGCUCCUUCUCCACUUUCUUAUAUCCCAGUACCAGGAUCAGGGUUAACAGAUAAGAUGGACUUCAUUCAAAGGCUCAAAAACAUAUUUUUUCACAGCGUUCUAAAGUUUCAGGAGAACAUGGUGUUGCCCAUCUAUGAUGAAUUCUGCAGUAAAUACAUAGAAGGUGGAUGCAGCAUUUUCUCUCUGCUUCAGCAAGCAGACAUUUGGCUUUUCAGAUCCGAUUUUGUGUUUGACUUCCCUCGACCCACCAUGCCAAACGUGGUCUACAUCGGAGGAUUCCAGUGCAAACCAGCUGAACCUCUGCCGGCAGAUCUGGAGAAGUUUGUUCAAAGUUCUGGAGAACAUGGAGUGAUAAUCAUGAGUCUCGGAACGAUGGUUAAAGCACUACCCAAAGAUGUUACAGAUGAGAUGGCCGCGGUGUUUUCUAAGAUGCCCCAGAAGGUGAUAUGGAGACACCUAGGGGAUCGUCCCUCUACACUGGGCAAUAACACUCUCAUAGUGGACUGGAUGCCACAGAAAGACCUCCUUGGUCAUCCACAGGUUAAAGUCUUUGUAGCUCAUGGAGGAACCAACGGAGUCCAAGAGGCCAUUUACCAUGGAGUCCCAGUGCUGGGCAUCCCACUGUUCUUUGAUCAGUACGACAACCUGCUACGUUUGCAGGAAAGAGGAGCUGGAAAAAUCAUUGAACUCUCCGACUUCAGUGGCCACACCUUUGGAGAAGGUCUUCAGAAACUGCUCCAUAAUAGUAGCUACAGGCAGAACAUUCAAAGACUUUCUCGUUUGCACAAAGAUAAACCGAUGCCACCCAUGGAUCAGGCUAUUUUCUGGAUAGAGUAUGUCAUACGACACAAAGGGGCUCGCCAUCUGAUCUCUGAGGCUUACAAGAUGCCUUGGUAUUCAUAUCACAGUUUAGAUGUUCUCUUACUGCUGCUGGCUGUACUAAUGGUACUGCUUUACUCUAUUUAUGCUGUUUUCAGAUUUCUGUGCUGUAGAAGGAAAAGAAAGACAAAACCCAAACAAAAUUAAAGUUUUUUUGUUUUAUUUUGACACAUUUUUUGUAAGUUAAUUUAAGAAAAAGCAGUUAUAUAUGUAAUAUUUUGAGAAACUUUUUCAGUGAUAGUUUCUUUCUAAUUUUUGUUGUCAUAAAAGCAUCAAAAUAUAUGUUUUGAUCCGGGUAUAACUUUUUCAACUUUGAAAACUUUCCGAAGUGUUUUUUGUUUUAUGCAAAAACAUAAAAAAAAAAACAAAAAAAAACUUAUGUGGAAGCACAACUAGCAUCAAAUUGAAAGUCUUCAGAUGUUUGUACUAGUUGUCAGUAAUACUUUUUUGCAUACUAUUUUUGUCUUCAAAUUGUUGUCAUUAACAAAAAGAUAAAUAAAAUGCAUUGAACUCAAAACUUGUAAUGAUUACGAGCGUUUGCUAUUUUGUGUGUAAAAAGCUACUCUCGUUUUACUGUUUUUAAUCAAAACAAAACACAUUGUUUUAUUACAGAGAAUACAUUCAAAAUUAUACUUUUGCACGUUUGUCAAAUAGUAACUUCAGCAAAUGCUUUUUGCUCUCUGCUUAUUCCCAUAUCUAACCUUUUACAAAACAAACAAACAAAAAAAACUGAAAACUAUAUAUAUGAAAAAAAAUCCAAAUGUUUGUUGCAGAAUGGUAGCCAAAAAACUAUGAAACAUGUACUCUAAAACAAAAGUAGGGAAUAAUGAUUAGAACAGAUGUUUGUUG